AAUCUCAAAGUUUGCAUGCAAAACGGACGGAACAGAGAGAGACAUGCCAUUUAAUUGCUGCUGGUGCUGAAGAAUUCGCUAUCUUGACACUUCACCUGAGACGACGGCAGUGGCAAGUGUGCAGAUAGUCCGCUCCUGCAGAAACCAAUUGCCAACACAGUCGAAAAUUGGCAUUCAGACCUCAGACAAUUUCAUAAAAACUCUUCUACCUCGAAACUUAGCACCUCACUUCACUAGUCAUCACGCGUUCUAUUAAAGAGCAGAGUAAAAAAAACGUUGACCUUUUUGAAAUAAAGCCAAUUAAAGAUGAAGUGGAAAUUUCAUAUAUCUCGGAGCUGCAUUUGCAUAUGUGCCUUAGCCGUGUUAAGUGUUCCCUCGAGUCAUGGGUCGCCUUCCGCCCAGCGAAGUCCUGUCCCCAACAAUAAGCCCGUCAAGGCGUUGAAAGCCAGCAGCAGCAUUCUCUCCCGACCCAUUUCAAAGCCCAGUUCGGAUAAGCGACUGUAUCGCGGCUUGACCCUGGAGAACGAGAUGAAAGUGAUCUUGGUGAGCGACCCUUCCGCGACCAAAGCCGCCGCGUCGCUCGCCAUUCCGGCCGGGAGCAUGAACGACCCCAAGGAGCUCCCAGGACUCGCCCACUUUUGCGAACACACCGUGUUUUUAGGAAACCAAAAGUACGCGGAGGAAAACGGUUUCUUGAAAUAUUUGACGGCCAACGGUGGCGACAGGAACGCGGCGACGGAUCAUGACUCCACCGUUUAUUACUUCACCGUCUCACCAACUGCGCUGGAAGGUGCUCUGGACAGAUUUUCGCAACUCUUCAUCUCUCCCUUGUUCACCGAGUCUGCACUUGAGAGGGAAGUCAACGCAGUUAAUUCUGAGCACGAGAAGGGAAUUCCCAGCGAUGCUCGUCGUGCAGAUCGAAUCGAAACGGUCACAUCCGAUCCUGACCACGCUUACUCAAACUUUAGGACAGGGAACCGUGACACGUUGUGGAACAAGCCUCGAGAGAUGGGGAUUGACAUUCGGAAGGCCGUGAUGGAGUUCCACGCCAAGUACUACUCCUCCAACAUCAUGUCUCUCGCCAUCCUGGGUCGCGAAAGUUUGGAUGAACUGCAGGCCUUGGCGGAGAAAGUAUUUCUCCAGGUGCCCAAUAGAAACGCGACGAUGCCAAGCUGGCCAAAGUCCCCGUACGGACCGGAGUACAUGCAGACGAGGAUUGAGAUUGUCCCCAUCAAGGAUAUUCGAUCCAUCGCCAUCAACUUCCCCAUCCCAUACGAAGCCAUUGACUACAAAACCUCGUCCUCGGAGUACUUGUCCGUCCUCAUCGGGCACGAGGGAGAGGGGAGCUUGUUGUCCCUGCUCAAGAACAAGAACUGGGCGACGUCCCUCACCGCCGGACCCAACAUCCCGUAUCGUGGAUUCGCCACUUUCCAAGUGUCCAUGGGUCUCACCAAGGAAGGAUUCAACAACACGGAACAAAUCAUUUGUCACGUAUUUGAGUACAUUCGCCUCCUGAGAGAGAAAGGACCCCAGCAGUGGUUCUGGGAGGAAAUCAAGAGUAUCAAUGCCAUCAGUUAUCGCUUCAAGGAUAAGAGCUCCGUCGUCAAUUUGGUCUCAUUGUUGUCACAAAAUAUGAUUAAAUAUCCGAUGGAGGACGUUCUCUCGGCUGGCUACAUUUUGACGGAUUACAAUGAGAAGUACAUUCAGGACAUUUUGGACUCGCUGGUUCCCGAGAACUCGAGAGUCAUGUUCGUGGCGAAAGAGUUGGAGCCCAAGGCGCACCUGGUUGAGAAAUAUUACGGGGCCAAAUACAACGUAGAGAAAAUUGACCCCAAGCGUAUCGAGACGUGGAAGAAAUGCGAGUGUGGGACGCACGAAGAACUCCUCUUCCCAACUCUCAACGAAUUCAUCCCAUCAAACUUUGACCUUGCGCCACGGGACGACAAUGUUGGAAUUGUCCCCAAAAUCAUUAAUGACACGGAUCUCUCAAGAAUCUGGUAUUUGCAAGAUAACGAGUUUUCAGUCCCGAAAGCCAUCGUAAACGUCGAAUUAUUCAGCCCCCUCGCUUACGUUGAUCCAAUGACGACGGCGCUCAACUACGUCUUUGUCCACUUGAUUCUCGACUCCUUGUCCGAGUACUCGUUCAACGCGGACCUCGCCGGCUUCUCGUACGGAGUGGUCAACACUGUUUAUGGGAUGGACAUUCGAGUUAGCGGGUACAACCACAAGUUGGACCUCCUGCUCAACAAGGUGUUUGAAUCGAUCGCGAACUUCGAGGUGGAGCCUGGACGCCUGGAACAAGCUAAGGACUUGCACACGCGGUUGUGGAGGAGUCGGAGGAACGAGGAGCCUUCCAAACAGGCCAACACCCACUUCAAGUACCUCAUGCGAGAACGGACCUGGUCGUCCGAAGAACUUUUGAGCGUUAUCAAGGAAGUCACAGUAGAACGCGUCCAAGCCUUCGCCACAGAUUUCAUCUCUAGGCUCAGGUUCCAGUGGCUAUUCUUUGGAAACCUGUCUCCUGAGGAGUCGCUGCGAAUGGCGAGAGAGUGUCAAGAGCACUUUGUAAAGAAAGGGACUCGGUCGUUGGUGCCCACGCAGAUUAUGCGUCUCCGAGAAGUGGAGCUCCCGGAAGGGUCGAAUUGGUUGUACAAGGCGGAAACCACGACCCACUCUUCCUCCUGCGCCAGUGUCUUAUUUCAAACGGGGAUGCAAAGCCCCAAGAACAACGUCCUGAUCGAACUCCUCAACCAGUUGGCCUAUGAACCUUCGUACGAUCAGCUGAGGACAAAAGAACAAUUGGGCUACGUCGUGGGCACCGGGGUCCGACGAGCUCGAGGGACGCAAGGAUUCCAAAUCCUCGUACAAGGAGACAGACACCCAGCCUACGUCGAAACCAGGAUUGACAACUUCCUCAACGACUUGGGAGUCGUCUUCCAGAACAUGACGGAAGAACAAUUUGUGAAGAAGAGGAAAGCAUUUGCGGAUCAGAAAGCGCACAAGGUGAAGUCGCUCUCCGAGAGAAAUGGGAUCCUCUGGUCGGAAAUUUCGCUCGAGCAGUACAACUUCCAACGUCAGGAGAUGGAGGGGAAGGAAAUUGAUAGCAUUGCUCUCGCCGAAUUUGUCGACUUUUACAACCGUCACAUUGGAGCAGCCUCUGAUAAGAGGAGACGCAUGUCCGUGCACAUUAUUUCCAUGGCGGAGAGUGGGGCUGGGUCCACGGUGGACCUUAAGGACCUCCCAGCCCACGAUAAACCUCGGGUGGAAAUUACCGUCGUUCCCGACUGGAAGAAGCAGCGAGGCCUCUUCCCCUGCAUGUUGCUGAACCAACCCAAUUUGUUCAUGCACCUCAAGACAAACACUGUUUAGCCCAUUUCGACCCAAUUGUGUGGAGUGGAAUCAUUAAUUUGUUACCAGACUUGCUGCUGACUCGUUCACACCAUGUGCAUCAAAUUACUACUAUUGACACACAUAUUGUGCUAUAAGCUUACUGAUUAGACUUAACUACUUUGAGCGCAUUUAUUUAGCUUGACAAACGGACGGUCGUAAUAAAAUAAUGUAAAUAAUAGAAGCGUCAAAUCUUCAAAGGGUA